AUGGCGACCGAAGAUGCGCGAUACCGACUCUCGACACAGUACCGGCUGUGGUCGUUCUCCCCCACGAAGCUUGCCGAGUUGCGGGAGACGACGAACUCGCUCGCCAAGACCAACAUCACCAGCCGCCUCCUCGAACUGAGGGGCAACAACCAAGAAUCCGAGCCCCUCCCCGAAUUUCUGACGGCCGCCGAGGAGACGCAGUUGCUCAAAUUCUUCACCGUCGAGCUCAUCCGUGCCGCAGUCUUUUGCGGCUUGCCCACGGAAGUCAGAGCCACCGCGACCGUCUUCCUGCGCCGGUUCUUUGUUACGAAUUCUGUCAUGACAUAUCCGCCAACCGAGCUGCUGAAGACGUGUCUGUUUUUCGGAAGUAAGGCGGAGGGGUUAUAUACGCGACUUGCAAAAUUCGCCGACAGGUUUCCCAACACCACAGAGGAAGAGAUUUUGGCUGGAGAGUUCUUGUUGUGUCAGGGAGUGCGAUUCGCCUUCGACGUCAGGCAUCCUUUCCGUGCUCUAGAAGGAGCUAUUUUGGAGCUGAGGCGGCAUGCGGACCUGGAAAAAUCCAGAAUCGAUGCUGCCCACGUCCGCGCACGAGAAGUCCUUAAGUUCAGUUCUCUUGUGACUGACGCGUACUUCCACUAUACCCCCAGCCAGAUUAUGCUGGCGGCGUUGUCGUUUGCCGACCGAGGAUUGGCAGAGAGAUUGGUGCAGGGAGCCUUCGCCCCUGCCCAGAAUGGCGAAGAAGGCCAGGCGGUCGAUCCUACACCACGAGCCGACCUCCGAGACAAAGUGAUGGGUACGAUAGAAUCAUGCCGAGAGUUGUUGGCGACGGAACCUCCAGAGAGGUUAGAGGAGUACUGGGGAACGCCGGAGAGCACCAAGCUCAUCCGACCACUUCUACGGAAACUCAAGAAAUGCAGAGACCCCGAUCGUGCAGAUCUCGUGGCUCUGCAGAAGGCUCGGCGGGAGUUGGCGGCCCAAAAAGAACCGCGCCGGCCAAAAGUUGAGGGAGAUGGUGCCGCAUUCGGUGGUGAUAGCGGAGCAACGGGUGGGAACGAUGCGCGGGAGGCUAAGCGCAGAAAGGUGGCUGAGGGCGACGAUGUCUUUGGGCCGGCAUUAGGUUGA